AUGUGCAAUGGUGGAUGGAGCCAGAGGAGAAGAUGUCCUCUCAGUCCCUCAGACUAUCUGCUGGAUAUAAAAAAGGCUCUGCUGGCCAUGGCCCACAACGAACUGCUGCUCAACUCUAUCGAGCUCAGCAGUGGUCUCUACGACGACUUCUCCAGCCAGGGGGAGAGUCUGGAGUAUGUCGGGGAGCAGGUGACGUUGAUCCAUGAGCGCCAUCCGGAGGCACCGCAGAGCGAGGGUGCACAGAUCAGAGACACCCUCAUCCAGCUCAAAGCAGAGUGGGACCGCCUCAACUGCAUUUACAACCACCGCAAAGGCCCCUCUCUCUCUUUGGAGCUGGAGGAGGGCCUAGCCAGUCACCAGCCUGUCCUGGCCGCGUUGACCCAGACAGGUGAGAGGAUCAUCGGGCAGCUGUCAGCCCCUGACGGGCCCCUGCUGGAGAACAAGCUGGAGGCCCUGGGGCAGCGCUGUAGGGCCGUGCACAGAAAGGUGCUGGACAGACAGCACAGGCUGACUGGAAGUGACCCUGUCCUAUUAGAGCUGGUGACGCGUAGUGGAGACCUGGCUCUGUGGCUGGAACAAGCUGAAUGUGCUGUGAGCCCUCUGCCCGUCACUGCCACCAACAGCAACCUCAAAGAACUUAAGACUCUGGCUGAAGAGAUGGACGCCCAGAAUGAGUGUCUUGGUUGGCUGAACAAGAACGUCCCCCAGAUUCUGGCCAAUCAGAGCGUGAGUCAUCAGGAGAGAGACUAGCACAUGAGCUAACUCAGGACCGUCAAUCGCAACUGGAACAAGGUGACUCAUGAGUUGUUAGAUAAAGUAGGGGAGGUGGAGGGGAACCUCCAGAGUCACGGUCAGUUCCAGGACAAGAUGAACAGAAUGACCGACUGCAUCCAGGUCACACACCAGACCCUCAGUGGGAGAGGGGUCAGCCCUGCAGAGAGCCAGGUGGCGAACAGUGACCUGGAGCUGCGUCACCCCCAGCUGGAGAACAUCUUCACUCUGGCCCAGAACACCAAGAACAAGACCUCCAACUCGAAUACCUCCGUCACUGAGAAACUGGAGAAAGGGCAUAGCCAAUGGGACAACACUCAGCAAGGUGUGGAGGCGCGGCUCCAGCAGCUGGAUAACAUGAUUGGCCACAGCGAUCAGUGGGAGAAGCAGAGACAGGAACUGAAUGCUCUGAUUGGUCAGAGCGAGGGGCACCUGCACAACCUUCACCGCUCCAGGGAACCCCUGACCAUACAGCUCAGUGACAACAAGGUGUUCUUGCAAGACCUUGGAAGAGGUCAGGGUACCGUGGCACCUUUUAACGAGCUGUCCAAUCAGCUCCUGCGAGAGUAUUCCGCUGACGACACAAGGAGGAUCAAAGAUGUCACAGAGAAAAACAACAUAGCCUGGAACGACAUCAACAAGAGAGCUAGUGACCACCAGGCCAAGCUGGACAGUGGUCUGAAUGCUCUGCAGAUGUCACUCAGCGAGCUGGAGGCCUUCCUUAAGUAGCUGUAAGAGGCCGAGACUACCGUCAACGUCCUGGCUGACGUCUCCCAGUUGGAGGAGCUAUCCCAGGACUCUGCCCACGUCAAGAAGCUGAGAGGGCAACUGGAGGAUAUCCAGGCAGAGAUCGAUGCCCAUAAUGAUAUCUAUAAGAGUGUGGACGGGAACAGGCCCAAGAUGGUCAAGGCCCUGGGGACCUCUGAGGAGGCAGUGUUUCUGCAGCACCGACUGGACGACAUGAACCAGCGCUGGAGCGACCUCAAGACCAAAUCUGCCAACAUACGGGCUCACCUGGAGGCGAGUGCGGAGCGUUGGAGUCGUCUUCAGAGCCUGCUGGAGGAGCUGUGGAGGUGGAUCUGUCUGAAGGAGAAGGAACUGGCCAAACAGAUGCCCAUAGGAGGAGAUGUCCCCACCCUGCUGCAGCAGCACAACCACUGCAAGGUGUUGCAGUCGGAGCUGAAGGACCGCGAGCAUGUUGUGGCCAAUACACUGGACCAGGCACACACAUUCCUGGCUGACCAGCCCAUCGAGGGGCCGGGAGAACCAUGCAAAAACCUACAGCCCAAAACGGACCUGACUCCAGAGGAGAAGGCGCAGGGUGUAGCCAGGGCCAUCAGGAAGCAGACAGCGGAGGUGCAGGAGCGUUGGGAGCGUCUGCAGGACCACGUUGGUGGAUGGCAGAGUCAGGUAGAAAGGGCAUUUGAGAGGCUACAGGAGCUCCAGAGCAACAUGGACCAGCUGGACCUGUGGCUAGCCAGGGAUGAAGAGACCAAGGCUGGCUGGCAGCCUGUAGGAGACCUGCUCAUAGACUCACUGCAGGAACACAUAGAGAAGACCACGGCUUUCAAGGAGGAGAUGGCCCCUCUGAGGCAGGACGUGCAUGUGGUGAAUGAGCUGUCUGGUGAGCUGGCUCCUCUGGAUGUCCAGCUGUCCUCCACCUCCUCCAGACAACUGGAUGACCUCAACAUGCGCUGGAAACUACUACAGGUGGCCAUUGAAGAGAGACUAAAGCUCCUUCAGGAAGCCCACAGAGACUUUGGCCCUUCCUCCCAGCACUUCCUAUCCACCUCUGUGCAGCUCCCGUGGCAGAGGGCGGUCUCUCAGAAUAAGGUUCCAUACUACAUCAACCACCAGACUCAGACUACCUGCUGGGACCAUCCAAAGAUGACAGAGCUCACCCAAUCGCUUGCCGACCUAAACAACGUGAGAUUUUCCGCUUACAGAACAGCCAUGAAAAUCCGCAGGCUACAGAAAGCACUAGGCUUGGACCUGUUGGACCUGAACGUGGCCCAGAGCACCUUCGAACAACACAAGCUUACCCAGAAUGCCCAGCUGCUGACAGUGCCUGACGUGAUCAACUGUCUGACAUCCAUCUAUGACGGGCUGGAGCAGCAGCACAAGGACCUGGUCAACGUUCCGCUGUGUGUCGACAUGUGUCUCAACUGGCUGCUAAAUGUCUAUGACACUGGACGCAGUGGGAAGAUUCGUGUCCUGUCCAUGAAGAUAGGAUUGCUCUCGCUCUCCAAGGGCCAUCUGGAGGAGAAAUACAAAUACCUGUUCAGUCAGGUGGCAUCGUCAGGGGAUAGGUGUGACCAGAGACAGCUGGGUCUGCUGCUCCAUGACGCUAUCCAGAUACCACGGCAACUAGGAGAGGUCGCCGCCUUCGGAGGGAGCAACAUCGAACCCAGUGUCCGGAGCUGCUUCCAACACGUGACCAAUAAGGUGGAGCUGGAGCCCAGGCAGUUUGUUGAUUGGAUGAGACUGGAGCCCCAGUCUGUGGUGUGGCUUCCUGUGCUACAUAGAGUGGCGGCUGCUGAGACAGCCAAACACCAGGCCAAGUGUAACAUCUGCAAGGAGUGUCCCAUUGUAGGGUUCAGGUAUCGCAGUCUGAAGCACUUUAACUACGACGUGUGUCAGAGCUGCUUCUUCUCUGGACGAACCGCCAAGGGCCACAAGCUCAACUACCCCAUGGUGGAGUACUGUACGCCGACCACUUCAGGUGAGGACAUGCGUGAUUUCACCAAGGUGCUGAAAAACAAGUUCCGCUCCAAGAAGUACUUUGCCAAGCACCCCCGCUUGGGCUAUUUACCAGUCCAGACUGUUCUUGAUGGAGACAAUAUGGAGAUUCCCGUCACUCUCAUCAGCAUGUGUCCGGAGCAGUAUGAGCUUUCCCAGUCACCCCAGCUCUCUCACAAUGACACUCGUUCCAGGAUAGAGCAGUACGCUAGCAGACUGGCUCAGAUGGAACGUUCCAAUGGUUCUCUGCUCACUGACAGCAGCUCAGCUACAGGAAGCAUGGAUGAUGAGCAUGCUCUGAUCCUGCAGUACUGCCAGACCCUAGGGGGGGAGGUGUCUCCCUGCAGCCAGCCCCAGAGCCCCGCCCAGAUCCUACAGGCCGUGGAGAGAGAGGAGCGGGGAGAGUUGGAGCGAAUCAUCCAGCGUCUGGAGGACGAGCAGUGGACCCUGCAGAGGGAGUAUGAGCAGCUGAAGGAGCAGCACGGGGGUCAGCGGGGGCCUGGUUCUGUGGGGCUCUGGGACCCUGAGGGGUCAUCUCACUCCAGGGGUCCUGACGAGGCUGACCUGCUGGCUGAGGCCAAACUGCUCCGGCAGCACAAGGGCCGUCUGGAGGCCCGCAUGCACACACUGGAGGAGCACAACAAACAGCUGGAGUCCCAGCUCCACCGGCUCAGACAGCUACUGCACCAGCCGGAGAUGGACUCCAGGGUGAAUGGAGUGUCGUCCCCCAGCAUGCAGGAACGAAGGGCCCUCACCAAAAACACAGAUGAGCUGUUGUACCACUCACACAACAGAAGCUCUGACAAGGCAGACGUCUUGGAACAGAUCAACAGCACUUUUCCUGCGUGCAGUCCUUCAAGCCUCUCCUCGAGACCACAGGUGAUGUGA